UUUGUCAGUGCUUCAGUGUCUUGUCUGCUUCAGUUUGGUUCCACUCACACAUCAAUAGGAGAAGAAGGUAUUACCACACAUCAAUAGGAGAAGAAGGUAUUACCGGUAUGCAGAUCUGCAGGGAUGCAUGUUGCUGUUUUUUAACAGUAUGGCUUGUGUGCCUUACCUUUGAGGUUGAAACUAUUCAAGCCCAAUGUUCCAAGCCCAUAGGAGGGAGCCACAUGAGAAUUUCAGCAGACUACAUUACUCAAGAGACUUUCCUGGAGGGGUCGAAGGUCGUUUUCGAGUGUGACGUUGGUUAUGUCGGACGUGCGAUGACAGUCACCUGUAACGGUGAAACCUGGAAAAAUGUGAAAUCUACCUGUCAGAGGACAUCCUGUGGAUCCCCUGGAGAAGUGAUGAAUGGCUGGUAUGACCUCACAGAGGGGGUGGAGUUUGGAGCCAGAGCCACAGCCCAGUGUAACAAAGGACAUUACAUUGUGGGCUCCAAAGUACGGAAUUGCAUGGCAGCAGGCUGGUCUGCCAGAGUCGCUAUCUGUGAAGUGGUGAAGUGUGGAGGGCCUCCUGUUGUUGCCAAUGGAAGUCUGUUGUACCAAGCUGAAGAGUGGUAUGCCUACGGAGAGGUGGUGGAGUAUCAGUGUGACCGGCAACUGACUCUGGUUGGUCCCAGGUCCUUACACUGCUCUGAAACAGGACAGUUUGAGCCAGAUCCACCUAAAUGUAUCGACGUGAUUUGUCCAACACCUAAAAUUGAUAAUGCUGUCCGAGUAGAGGGACAUCAACCUUUGUACAGAUACAAGUCUUUUGUCAGAUAUGAAUGUAAAAAAGGAUAUGAAAUGGAAGGUGAAUCAAGUCUAACCUGUGAAAUAGACAGCACCUGGUCAGCAACACUCCCAACAUGCAAAGAAAAGAAAACUCCUGAAGCUGAACAAGGUUUCUUUUCCAAGAUGAAAGAGAAAGCCAAAGCUAUAAUCAACACAUUUUUAAUCUCAAUCUCUGAGUUAGAACUCUAUAUCCCUGGAUGACGAAAUGACAGAGUUAGAGUAAAAAAUACUUCAAUUCAUCAUCUUCCGAAGGACAUUCAGGACAUCAAAAUGAACCUUUACACAUGUAGCUUCUACAGUAGUAACAAUAAAUCUCUUCUAAAAAAGUA